GAAUCAGGCAUCACUAGUCGCUCGCGUGCGUGCAGUAGUCCGUGCAGUCGAUAGCAGAUCGGAUCGAUGUGCUUCACAGCGCGUGCAGAUGCAGCGUCAUUCUGCUCCGAUGUUUGAAUGAAAGUCGGUGGAAACGGGUCCGUGCGCGCGGAAGUUUAAACCGGAUUCUCUCUCUCUUACACACACACACACACACAGACGGACACACCAUGCCUGUAUUUACCGUGAAUGUGAAGUGGGGUAAGGAGAAGUUUGAGGAGGUGGAGCUGAACACUGAGGAACCCCCGAUGGUGUUUAAAGCCCAGCUGUUCGCUCUGACCGGAGUUCAGCCGGAUCGACAGAAGGUCAUGGUCAAGGGAGGAACGCUAAAGGAUGAAGAGUGGGGGAACAUCAAGAUCAAAAGCGGAAUGACGUUCCUGAUGAUGGGAUCAGCAGAUGCUCUGCCUGAGGAGCCGUCCGUCCGGCCGAUGUUUGUGGAGGACAUGACUGAGGAGCAGCUCGCUUCAGCUAUGGAGUUACCGUGUGGACUGACGAAUUUGGGUAACACCUGCUACAUGAACGCUACGGUGCAGUGUCUCCGCUCAGUGCCUGAACUCAGAACUUCUCUCAAGAAGUAUUCUGGUGCGUUGAGAUCCUCUGGAGCAGGCGCACCGUCUCAAUACAUCACAGCAGCUUUGCGUGACCUGUACGAGUCGAUGGAUAAAACUUCUUCCAGUAUUCCUCCCAUCAUCCUGCUGCAAUUCCUGCACAUGGCCUUCCCUCAGUUCGCUGAGAAAGGAGACCAGGGACAGUACCUACAGCAGGAUGCCAAUGAGUGCUGGGUCCAGUUGAUGCGUGUUCUCCAGCAGAAAUUAGAAUCUCAAGAACCUGAAACUCCCAUGGAGACAGGUGACGUUGACGGCGGAGCUGCAGCUUCAUCCGCAAAAAAGAACUUCAUUGACCAGUUUUUUGGGUUGGAGUUCGACACUACAAUGAAGUGCACAGAGUCCGAGGACGAGGAACCCACCAAAGGUACAGAGAGCCAACUGCAGCUCAGCUGCUUCAUCAACCAGGAGGUCAAAUAUCUGGCAACCGGCCUUAGAUUGAGACUUCAAGAGGAACUAACGAAAUUUUCUCCACGUCUACAGCGAGACGCUCUCUAUUCGAAAACGUCUAAAAUCAGUCGUCUCCCGGCGUAUCUUACUGUUCAGAUGGUUCGCUUCUUCUACAAAGAGAAGGAGUCUGUUAACGCCAAAGUCCUCAAGGACGUGAAGUUCCCCCUCAUGCUGGACGUGUAUGAGCUGUGCACUGCUGAGCUUCAGGAAAAAAUGGUGUCUGUGAGGUCCAAGUUCAAGGACAUGGAGGACAAAAAGCUGGAGAAACAGCAGCAGAAGAUCAAUAAGACGGUCGAGGCUCCAAAAGAAGUGAAAUACGAAGACUUUUCAUUUCCUGACGAUCUGGGCUCCAAUAAUAGCGGUUACUACGACCUGCAGGCUGUUCUGACACAUCAGGGCCGCUCUAGCUCCUCUGGGCAUUACCUCGCCUGGGUCAAGAGGAAAGAAGAUGAGUGGGUGAAGUUUGAUGACGAUAAGGUGAGCGUGGUCACGCCGGAGGACAUCCUGAAGCUGUCGGGAGGCGGAGACUGGCACAUCGCCUACGUGCUGGUCUAUGGGCCGCGGCGUCUCGAAGUCAUGGAAGAAGAGCAGAAACAAUAACACACACACACACACACGUGUUCUUUACCGCCAUCUCCGAGCACUGUCUGCGUAAGAUGUGCAAUAAACCCCGGUGUCUUUCAAACCCCACCUCACGUCACGUCAGCGUGGUCUCUGCAGGAGCUGCCUCCGACUCCGAGGCAGCUGCAAUGUGUAUUUGCGUUCUGGUUUUGGAUUUUUUUUUUUUACUUUUUUUAAAGUAGUAGUUUCUCCAUCAUGUCCAUCUCAUAAUCUGCAGAUUGUGACUGUAAUCUUGGGCUGAUUGAUGGAAGAGAUGAGAUUUAGAAAGGUUAAUAUUUCCUAAACAUUUUAUAUAUACACUUUUUUUUUUUUUUUUUUUUUGUCGUGACAUCAAUAAGACAAAUGAAAAUUUCCCGAUUUGCUGGGUGAUAGCAAUUAGUACGAUAAAUAACUCGCCUUACAAUUAUGACGCCGUACGAAACUAAUUCGUGCAACGCUAAAGGUCGUGAAAAUAUAGCACUGGAAUGUAAACGGAUCGACCAAUAGCAAACACCUAGCGCACCAGGGCUACUGUUUUUUCAUCCUACGUUAGCAAGUUUCUAUCUCACUAGUUAUCUAACUAACAUUAGCACUUCGCUAAUUUGGCAAGCUAAAAAAAGUUUAUUGGUGAUGUCGUAUGAUUUGGUUGAUCAAAUUUGAUUCGGUUUGUUUGCUAGCUAUAUAUAAUAUAUUUUUUUUUUAUUUGUGCCACUAGAUUUUUGGAUUAAAAUUUUCCAGAAACUUAUGAAUUUGAACUUUUGAUUAUUGUUAGAGCAGAAAGUGCGAGUUCGGAUUUUAUGAAGAGAUUUAAGCGUAAACAUUUCAAAUGCGAGUGGCACAAAUGUGUUUUGUUCGUUUAUUUAGGAGCUGCCUUCUGACUGAAACACAAAUCAGUACACGGGUAGGACGAUGCCGGCUUACGCAUCCCGUAGCCCAAGUCUAAUCUGGAGCAGGUUUGUGGUGAUAAUUCCUAAAAUUUGUAUCACAGUUUACAGUGUUAUAUCUAUAAAACAAAACACUUUUUAAAUGGACUCAAAUUGGUGCAGAAUCAGAAGGACUGACUAUAAAUGACACACAAGCUAUUGGUCAGGAGUCCGCGAUGGUAACUGCGGGCCUCGUUGAUCAGGUUAUUUAGUAAAGCUUUCUUUAGUAGUGUUGAUUGUUCCGUUUGUUCUUGUAAAACAACAAAUUUCCACCAAAUUGAAAAGUUUUGCUGAAUUUGUUCAUGAACAAUCCGCUGUGAGUUACCGAGCACAGCCGAUUUACACUUAGCCACGCCCACUAAACAUUUUCAGAGAGCCGAAAGAGCACCUCCUACACGCGGUAUGAGUAAAAAUCUCAGCCACCCACUCUCUUCCUGCGUAAAGGGUGCCAUUACUUUUUGAUAUCCUGAAUGAAUCACUUCCUUUGCUUAUACAGGUGCACCUCAAAAAAUGUUAAUAUUGUGGAAAAGUAAAAAUUUUUUUUCCUGUGAUCUAAUAAAAAAAGCUUUCAUAUAUUCUAGAUUCAUUACACAAAGUGAAAUAUCUCAAGACUUUUUUUGUUUGAAGCUCGAUGAUUAUGGAUUACAGCUCACAGAAAUCAAAACCCCAGUAUCUCAAAGUAUCAGAAUAAAGAACUUAUAAUACAGAAAUGUCGACCGGAGAAGACUCUGAUCAGAUCAUUAACUCCAAACAGCUGUGAAGUUUUCCUGAGGCUUUAAUCUCGCGGUCUGGUUCAGUACACACACACACACACAAUCACGGGGAAGAUGAAAGUAAAUGCUGCAUUUCAUUUGGAAAUCAAGGUUCCAGAGUCUGGAGGAAGAGUGGAGAGGAACAGAAUCCGAGCUGCUUGAAGUCCAGUGUGAAGUUUCCACAGUCGGUGAUGAUUUGGGUUGCCAUGUCAUCUCCCGGUGUCGGUCCAGUGUGUUUUCUCAAGUCGAGAGUCGAUGCAGCGUCAACCAGGACAUUUUAGAUACUUCAUGCUUCCACCUGCUGACCAGCUUUAUGGAGACGCUGAUUUCCUUUUCCAGCAGGACUCUGCACCUGCCCACAGUGCCAAAACUUCUAGUAACCGGUUUACUGACCGUGGUGUUACCGUGCUCGAUCGUCCAGCCGACUCGCCUGACCCGAACCCCAUAGAGAAUCUACGAGAGACACCAGACCCGACAAUACAGACGAGCUGAAGACCGCUAUCAAAGCGACCUGGACCUCCAGAACACCUCAGCAGUGCCACAGACUGAUCGCCUCCAUACCACGCCACACUGAUGCAGUAAUUCCUGCAAAAGGAUUAAAACCCUGACCGAGUAUCAGUGCAUAAAUUAACAUACUUUUAAUCAGGUCCACAUUUCCGUAUUAUAAAUUCUUUAUUCGAAUAUACUGAGAUACUGGAUUUUUUGAUUUCUGUGAGCUGAACUAUUGAAAUCUUUCACUUUGUGUAAUGUAGAAUACCUGAAAGUUCAACUUUUUGAAUUAAAUUACAGGGAUAAAAUGUACUUUUCCAUGAUAUAAAUUUUGAGAUGCACCUGUAUGUAAAUGAAUGUUUUUGCCUACAGAUGAACUGGAUUACCGGUACUCCACUCGGAGUAAACUCUUUGAAAAACGAGACCCACUGCGCAACUGAUUAUCAAAACAUGCCUUAAAGGGACACUUCGACUAUGUUUCAGGGAAACUGUAUAAAGACAUGCUAUGACGUGGUAGCGCUAAACUCCUAGCGUCUCGAACCGUUUUAAAAGUAUGGACUGUGUUUUUCAUUUGUGCUUUGUGCAUUUUCCAUUCAUUCGUUUCCGACCGUGCCUGCAACCAAGCAUCGACGUGAACACUUCUCGGUUUAAAUUAUUGACUGCUGGCUUUUUCGUAAAAAUAUGUGAUCCAAACACAAUAAAAUGAUGCAGAUGGUAUUGAACCGUGCUAAUGCAA